UGGAGGUGAGCCUGAACAAGCCAAGGUUCGAAGGCCGGUAUAAAAGCCUGCUGAGCUCAAAACGCGCUACCACAUCUCGUCUCUAGCCGAGAAUACAAGAUAGGUUUCACGAUGCGUUUCUUAGUCGUCUUUUGCGGCCUGAUGACUGCGGCCUGUGCCCAGCUGAGCUCAACGACUUUAGGCUCGGCCAAAAAGGGCUGCGACUUCGGCGUACCGAUUAAUGGCCAGAUUGGAUGGGUUAAGGUGCCUUGCGAUAAAACCAAUGAGGAGGCCAAGAAGAUCGGCCUUGGUGCAGGGGCUGAGUUUCUUGGAUCAUCUCGCCUGUCGGGCUUUGUGGGAGGUGAGCAAUACGCCAUUCACGGGAAGGUCAAUGGGAAAUGCUGCAGCCAGCGUGUCGAAAAGAGUGCUCAGGCACAGCCCUGGAAGACGUCCGACCUUUGCUGCCACGAUACGUGUCCAGCAUGGAUGAAGUGUUAAACUCACUAAGUUGGUGUCGUCUGAAGUUCGUCAACCCGUCGGAUCUAAUUCGAUUCAACGAGCAGAAUUUGAACAGAUUAAACCUUUUUUUUGGUAGAUUUUGAUUCUAAUAAAUAUGUACUAAUCACUUAUAUGGAACUUUUUCA